AUGCCAUCGUUGCCACGUACAAAUGAAGUCAUACAAACUGUUAAAUUAUUUGAAAAAAUAGCUGUUACUCUCGAUGGUUCAAAAAGUGAACUCACCUCAUGGACGUAUCAACAUGCAGCAUCGAUUGAAUCCACUCGCCUCUUUCGUGAUCAUAUAACUAUCAAUGACUUUGCCAUUACAUCUAGCAAAUUAGAUUCUGAGAUUAUAUUCGUACUUGUACUUACAAGUAACCGUUGGAUUGAAAUUUAUGAAGCUAAAUCACUUAACAAGGAGACUUUAUUUAAUCUUCAAUUGCAUUCUCCAGCACGAGUUCAUUCGACACACAGUGGUACGUUUUUUGUGUUAACAAACAAUGGUUUAGCAUAUUCUAUUGCUCAACAAAUUACUUCUGAAAAUGAAAUCCAAUUUAACCAGACAGCUAAUAUUCAAUUGAAAAUUCCAUGUUCAAAAAUGUUUAGUUCAGUUGUAACUCUCAAUUCAUUAGAAAAUCUUAUAAUAUUUGCUGAUAAUGGACAAUCAAUGGCAAUCUGGACAAUCGAACGAAUUAUAUAUAUUGACGUUGAUGUUUCACCUUAUCUUUUAUCAUCGCAAUUGAAAUCUAUUGACAGUGAAAGAACUGAAAACUUAUUAUUAAUGUAUUUUGACGAUAAAAAUCUUCUUUCGUGUCAAGUAAACCUAGAAGAAUCGAUCGAUAGAGGCUCUCUUCAAAUGACUCCAUUUGAUAAAGCCGAUAAAUUUUGUCUGAAAAAUGAUUGUCUUGCAACAUAUAACAACGGAAAUACUCAACUUAACUUACACAACAUCCGUUCAUGUACAUGUUAUGAACCGAUUCAAUUAGAAAAUGAAUGUCUACAAUUAUGUUUAAAUGAAUCUGCUAGUUAUGUUUUUGCUCUUGUCAAACCUCGGGUCUUGUUCAUGUAUCGUAUUAAUGAUCGUCGACAAUUAGCUAAAUUAUUUGUUUAUGAUUUUGUUUCAUUCAUGGUAGCAGACAAUGAGUUUCUUGUUUUAGCUAUGAAUGACAGACGUCUACUUACACUCAUGAUUGCCGAUCCUGAUGAUCCAAACAUACAGGCAAAAAUACAAGCUUUACCUAGCAGAAAUCCUCGACGUGUAACGAAAUCCGCAGUGGCAAACUUAAUUGAACAUAUGGAAAAAUGCACUAACAUGAGUUCAAGUGAUGAAGAAUCUGAUUUUGCUGCCAAUAAAAGUGAGGACGACAGCAAUACUAAAAGUAAUAACGAUGGCAAAACUAUUAUACAAAAGAAUCAACGACCUAUUAGUCUUUUACGUUUUGUAACUCGACUAGAUGGUCGACAUUUACUGUCAAAGAUGAGUAGUGAUGCUGAAUUACAAUCGAAGGCUUUGACUCUAUUUUCGGAAGAUUCAGAAUCUUUUGACAUGGCACAAAUCAUAUAUGAUUCCGAUAAUGAAAAUCACAAUGAUGAUCACGAUGUCGAAUAUCCCGGUGCUGUUACUACCGCAAUGACCGAACAACAACCAAUUGAGCAUGAUCUCGAUGAUAUUCGUCAAAAGACAUUGGAACAUAAUCGACAACAACUUAAAGGAAUUCAAUUUGCAAAUGCAGGUGAUGGAAAUUUAAAAGUAGUAAAUAGUUACGCAGUUACUUCAAAUACGUGUACUCUUAUUUAA